AUGGUCGACGAGCCAACCUCAAUUGCACCGUCACCUAAGAGGUCUUUCGUCGAGAUCAGCGACAACCCGCGCCGUACUUCCCCCUCGCAGUCCAAGUCUCUCCCGAGACAUAAGAAAGUCAAGACCGCACACGGCUCAGAUGGAUCAAUUGCAGGCCCCGUCCAACCCGAGGCCGUGGCAGAGACAUCUUCCACGGCCCCUGCUGCGGUGGAGAGGGAGUCGAGCAGCGACCAGAGUGCCGAAAAGUGGUUCAAGCGAGCGAACGAGAACGUCAAUGGUCCGGCGAAGAAACCAGAGAAGCGUGAAGGUGGAAGGCACUAUCCUUCCUCAGCCCUCUGGUAUGCUAAUGAUGGGUUAGAUGAGUCGCCUUUUUAUAUGUCACGCCAGAACAGAUACCAGCCUCCGAACCACCUGCGCUCCGUCAAUGCCGAGAGUUUUGGCGGCUAUCUGGCCAAGGACGACACCGUGGCUGAUGAGCUGCGUGAAGUCAUUGAUGAUCUCACGGUGCAAAACAAAAAAUUGAAGACUCUCCUCCGGACCCGGCAGCCUCAAGAAAGUCCUGGCAGCAGUGAUUCCGAACGCGUCAUCGAAGUGCGCACGCAUGGCCUCCCGCCCGAGAAGAAGAGAGAGUUGGAAGAGCUUCUGAAAAACUUCAGCACCAGCCUCACUGGCGACAAGCCGGCUCGUCAAAGCCACUCCACGCCUGUUGACGAAUCCGCAACAAGCAGCGGUAACGGCGGCGCCUCAGCCGCCAAACUACCACACAUGGAUCUCACGCACCACACCGACUCUGGUUAUGCAUCCAUGUCCAACUCGGCUCUCAACUCGACGUCCUACUCCGGGGUCCCGAACGACACCGACUCGAAGAGUAAGAAGGACACAGAUAUCAAGAAUUACCUGCACGACAUCCCGGAUUCCCUCUUCCCACAGAAAUCCCUCUCCGUAAGCGACAGCGCGAAGAUGGACAUGGUGGUGCAGAGGCUAGAGCAGCUUUUCACCGGUAAAUUGGCCCUCCCCGGCGACCACAGUCUACCGGAUCAACAACAGAAGAUUUCUCGCUCAGCUGCCAAGGCAGAUCGCCGAGAAGAUGAGAAGAUGAAUCGGGCCUCCAGAGCUGAAGGCACCCGUGAGGCGCACGUCUUCCCACCGGAUUCGAAGAUCAACCUCGACGCAAUCGAUCCUCAGCGGCUGGGUCAUCAAGGUGGCUACGCGGCUUCCUCUUCUGGGACUCCCAAAUCCAACACGGACGUUCCUGGGACUCCGGACCAACGACCCACCCGGCCCCUGGACCUCGACAUACAUCGGGCACAAGUUGCGUCGGAUAACAUUCGGUACAUCCAGCAUUUGGGUUUCUCGUCGCCGCAGGUUGGCUCCGGCGCCGCUGGUCACGCACAGCCAUGGAUGUACCUGAAUCUACUGGUCAGCAUGGCCCAGCUCCACACACUCAACGUCACCCCAGCUUUCGUUCGGAAAGCGGUCCAGUCGAUGAGUACCAAAUUUGAACUCUCCAAAGAUGGACACAAGAUUCGCUGGAAGGGCGAUGCGUCAACAGGCGGCGCGUGGCCAGCCCCUGGGAGUCCAAUGGCUCUGCUGGCACGGAACUUGGAUGCCAUGGGCGAAGACGGCGGCACGCAGCGAGGCGGCAGGAGCGCCACGAGCACAGUCAACGAUGGUACACCGGUGUCGCUGACCGACGACAGAGGGCCGCAGGAAAUGAUGAGCACGACAUCGAAGCGGCAAGACUCGACGACCUCAUCGUCCAACCUGGCCGUGGGGAAACCUUCGACGCUGUCCAAGACCCCGUCAUCGUUUGACUACCGGCCAUUGGUGUAUCACAAGAAGACGAGGAACUCGAACUCGCUCAUCCCUCAGAAGUCGUACUUAGAUUCGUCCAGUUCGUCUGGUGACUUGUCACCCGAUUCGACUGGUCUGGCCCAUGUGUUGGGCCGGCCAACAUUGGGACAGAGUACAGAGUUUCGUCCAGGGUUUCUCACCUUUUUCAGCAAUCCGUACUUCUUCGUCGAUUUGAGCGGGGAUAAAACCCCCGCGGCGUCCAAGUCUGACGUUCACUCUUGCUCGGAAGGCUUCUUGGGGACUCCGGAACAGCCGGCGGGUGUAGAUGACACCCUUCGAGAUGCAUCAGCUUGCUAUUUUAUCCAGCAGAGCGACGGAGGACAGUCCGACAACCUCGUCGCGCAAUUUCGUUGUCCUGAUCUCCAUUGGCAUAUCUCACCGAUCACCGCAGCGGGUGAAGAUGAGACGCAACCCAUCGAAUUGCCUGCCUCUGGGAUCGGUGGCGUUAUCCCGGAAGACAACUUCGCGUUGGACGUAAAGAUCGAAAGAGUAAGGCUUCAGUGUCCGGCAACCGGGAUUACGGGAACGCGGAAGCCAUCUCUUUACGCUUACCGGGUUAUCCAAUGCACGAAGCUGGAGCUCCAGCCACCCCGCCUUCCGCCGCCAAGCUAUGUUUUCUUCACGAGCUCGUCGUCCAGCGGGGAACAGGAUUAUCUGGAGGCCGAUGCCUCUAGUGAGACCUCUGACGCCGAUGAGUCUCCUGCGCUGGCAGGCUACUUGUGGAAGUGGUCGUCAAGCUCGUCCAACGAGCGGCGAGCUGGCGAGGAUCUUUCCGAGGACAGCUCGCUGGGUGCCUUGCAGGCAGCGCGGGCGAGGAGCGCGAAUGCCGAAGGCGGACGUGCGGAAGAUCUGGAUAUUCUCACCACCCAAACGGGAGCCACCGUGAAUGGCAGUCUUGCAGCGACAGCAGGUGCAAGCUACAGCGCGGCCUCGCUGGCCGAUGCCGAGCGGGUUGGUGGGGGAGAGGUGUCGCUCAGCGGCAUGGAUUUCGAGUGA